AUGACCGACAGCCAAAUUCACUUCUCCUACUUUAUCUGCGGACCGGUCUUCCUAUUGAUGGUGUUCAUCUACUUCUACUACUGGUAUCUGAAUGUCCGCGAGUGUCAAAGAUCUCGAGGGCGCGAGGCCACGCCUUCUUUGCUUGGGGAUAUCUCUGCGGAGCAACUGCAAGUCUAUUGACAAAGUGCUUGGGCUCGAGUUAAGUUCAUGUGAAUCACCACACUGCGAGAAACAUAACAAGAAACAGUAAAAGGGCAGCGAUUCAAUUAAACUUGUGGUCAAAAUCUUGUCCAAAUCAAAAUCUUCUAGCUACCGUUGGUAUGUUUGCUGUUGCCUGCUGUAUUUGCUUAGAUUUGUAAAUAAAAUCCAGUAACUAAUAGAAAGAAUAAUAUUAAUAUUAUAUUUUAUCAGUAAUAUUAAACUUAAUAUUCUUUCCAUGAAUUAAAAUAAAGGAAUGUAAACGAAACAUGUAGUAACAAAGAACGAACGCUGAAAACAGUAGUCACUGGAAUGAUGUCGCCUUGUUUACAAUCGAUUAUGAAUGAUUCAUUCUGUAUCU